AAAUUCUUGAAACUGAAUUUACUCAAAUACAAACUGAUAUAGCAGAAAAUUGUAGAAAAGCAAUUUUGGAAGAUUUACAAUCAAGAUGGGAAUUUCCUCAAGAACUUUGUUUAAAAGGAUCAUUUCUUGAUCCUCGUUUUAAAAGUUUAGACUUUGUUUCUCAAAGAAUGCGUAAAGAAAUUAUUAAUCAAUUGCAAACAGAAUAUGAAGUUCUUAAAGAAGAUUUGAAUACUAGUAUUUCUGUAAGAUUUAAUGAAGAUCAGAGUAAUUUAACAACAAUGG